AUGGCCAGGGCUCUACGAUUGGGUUUGGAUGGGCUCAGGGCGAGGGAUUUUGGCGUGAUUGGUGAAGAGGGAGCUUGGGACAGGGUUCACAGUUUUGGCAAGGGGAAGCGGCCCGUGGUGGAGAUUGAGGGGUACUGGUGGAGCCGCAAGGCCGGCAAGGUGCGCCCUGGAAGUGGUGAUGUGAAUCACAAUGGAAGAGAUGCAUCCACGGGAGGGCUAGGGCUGAUGGUGAGUAGCUACGAGCGUGGAGACGGUGAGAGUGGUGUGAGGGACCGCUAG